AUGCUGAAUGUAUUGACGUUCGUACAAUUUAAAUUAAUAGAAGGUUCAAAUAGAUUAGAAAAUAGAAUCAAGAAUAAAACAGUUGUAACUGAUAUAUCAAUUGUCAAUACCGAUGAAGGUCAAGCAAGCAGAAUCGAGGAGGCAGGCAGUUACAAGCUCAAGAUAGAUACAGAAUCUGCAGCAGCCAUCAAAAAAGUAUACUACAUUUUCACCGAUAAUGACCAAGCUGCUCUUGGAGAUCAAGAUAUUGAUGGUAAUAAUGAUAAAAUUAAGAAAUUCACAGAAGACCAAAUUACACGCAAGGAAUGA